GGAAAAAAAUACGUCAGUUGCGACAGCUAAACAUUAGCUGCAAUAGCUAAUAUGUUAACUGUCUAGGCACUAACUAACGGCGUUAGCUAAAACAACUAAUGCGUGUGGUCGGAUCGAAAACGCGUCAGUUGCGGCACUUUAAUUCCCAUGUACUACAGCAGCUGAUUGAAUAUUGUCUGUGGAAACGAACCUGACAUUGACUCGACUAGCUGACUGGGGAGAUUUUCUACAGCUUACACCCUAUAAAAAAGUGCGACACAGCUCCGACAACAUAUUCUUGCCUCUCCUACGCGACCACAUUUGUAAUCGCCGCUAAAGUGUGUUUGGCUGGGGCAGCCUUGUGUGACUCGCAGCCAGAACGUAAGAUUUAGUUCCGGUAGAGCGCGCUGUACUCGGCUACGGCUGACGUCGCGAUCUGCUCGUUCUUAUAAAGUAAGCUUCCAACAUCAAAAUGAUUACUCGUUCAGAUUAUCUUUUGUGUAAAGCGGUAAAUACUGAAAGAGUAGAAUGUCAUCGGUCGAUGAAAUGGCGACACUUCUCCGGCAGUGGGGUUUGGCACCUCCGUACGUUGAGGCGUUUGUGGCUCAAGAUUAUACCAUCGAGUCGUUGAAGGUUUUGACCAAAGACCAAAUUUUGAAAUAUAUCCCAAAGGAAGGGCCGCGUUCCAUCUUUGAGGUCAACCUGCAGCAACUGAAAGAGUCUGGAAAUUCUGAGGACACUUCUAUUUCUGAUGAAGAUGAGGAUGACAUGUCAUUGGCUGCGAGGAGGGCCAAGAAGCGCAAGCUGGAUAACGUCCAACUCCAGCUUGUUCUGAAUGCUCCAGACAAGAACUCCCUUCAUACAGCAUUGAAAAAGUCUAUGCCUGGUAUCAUUGUUCUAAGCUUUUAUGAAGCAAAUUCGCACUUGGACGAAUAUUCAAGGAGUGUUCUGUGCACUCAAGUGCUCUAUAAAGAACUGGAGGAUGACUUCAAUAGGCAGUUUACUCGUGAUGAUUAUGAUAAAAUUGCUGAUGCAAUAGUCACUCUCUUUCCAGCUGAAGAUAAGGAGACUUGGUAUUCUGUUGUCCAAAAAGAAAAUUCCAGUACUAUACAGGGUCGUCUAAGAUACAGAUACUACUCUCUUCGCCGAGGUCUUAUUUCCUCUCAACUAAUUCAAGUACCUCAACCUCAAGCAGAAGCUGGUGUGAAUGGGAAUCUCCCUGAUCUUGGUGAUGAUCUGCAAGAUCCCUCAUUUGUUUGGCUAUGCCACAACACCAGCCCAUGGACUGAGGUGCGAGCAAAGUGGGAAGAGACAAGGCUGAGGAGACUCCGAUUUCUAGCUUUGAAUAAACAACUAUUUUCUUACUUUGAGAAGUUUCCGGCUAUUAAAGAGAAUCUUGGGUGGGAAUUGGUUGCUAUGGAUGGAGUUGUGGAACAGCCGAACUUGGAGGUUUCACUCAGAGAACUGUGGUCCACAUACUCAAAAUUUCUAAUCAAGAUAAUCAGGCAUGAGAAGCCAUCUUUUUUGAAAGGCCCCAAGUUUGCAUCCCUCUCAACUGAGCAGCAGUUUGUGCUUAUUAUUCUGGAACUGCCCAAUUUGUGGAAAAUUAGAACCAUACCAAAGUCUCUGGAGUCUCCAAAGAGCAAGCCAUGCUGGCGACCAUCACGUCCUGAAAUAGCUAGCGGAUGGGUUUUGCAUGUUCGGGAAAUUGCGGAAAUUCAAGAAGCUAUUAACCUCAAGAAGACUGUGCUUGCCAAGUAUCAUUUUCAACUUCAGCCUAUUCCUGUUUUUGUGGGGCCACUCACAAAUCUACGGCAGUGCUUCAUUGUUCUUGAUGAUGUACGUUGGGAGUUUGAUGGCCCAUUUGAAGCAAUAGAAGCAGCCUUCAAGUUAUCAUUUGGUUUGGGAGCAAAGUACCCUCCAGAGGCUCGUCACAUUUGGAUUUAUCUUCAAAGAACUCUUUUCAACAUCACCACUAAAGACGAUUACAAGAGCCCGCAUUCUGGAUUGAAAUCUACAUUGGCUGCUCGUCUCAAAGAAUAUUCUUUGUUUCAGUCAAAAUGAAGUGUCCUAUUUGUCAGCAUUUAGUAACAUCUGUGAAUGACUACUUAUUGCAUCAUAAGUCAAAGCAUGCUUUUAAAGCAUACAUUUGUCCAAAAUUGUGUGGGCGUAGCUAUUCACAUGUUAACACCUUCAAUA